AGAAUCAUUUCCUCUCCACAAAACCAUGCCUUCUUAAAGCUCUCUUUUCAUUUUUAGGAACCCAUCCAUAUAUGGCUUCAUGCUGAGAUCACAUGACCAAUAUGGUCCCUCUUGAACCCUCCUCACCUCUUUACGGCGUUUUCAGCUACGGCGGUUGCAGCAGCGACGGAGGCAGCUUGAGGGAGGCGGUGAUGAUGAGAGAAGCAACAAUAAACAAUCAAGAUUCUAAUGGAGAAGCAUGUUCCGUCUCCGAUCCAAUAGCAGCUUCUAAUGAUUACUAUUAUAACAUAUCUUCUCCUCCGGCCAACAAAGACGACGGAUCCGCCUCCAAGAACGACGUCGUUGCUUCUACUAACAUAGAAGACGGUAACAGAGACAAAUCUUGGCUCCGCUUAGGUAUAGGCCCUGAGGAAAACAACAACGCGACAUCAUAUAAGCUCCAACGUUGUUGUGGCAAAAACGCAAGUGGGAGAGAAAACUCGUUAGACCUCAGUUUGUUCACCUCAUCCCCAACCGCGGAAGGAGCGGUUAGAACUAGUGUAGAUCAGCCGCAGCCGCAGCCGCCAUAUUCUCAAGAUCAGUUGCUAACGAUGCGUGGAGCGUCUUUGGUUUACAACCACCAGUUAUUUCGGCCUCAGACGUUACUGAAUCGCGGCUAUUCGUUUCCAUUUUCAAAGCCAUGGAUACCUCAAUAUACGGCGCCAUUUAGACCGUCAUUGAUAGGAAUGAUGAGUGAGCGUGACGUUACUAACACUAAUAGCGUUGCAAGGAGUUGGUGUGAGGGGGAGGAAGGAGCUGGACCAAGCUCGGAGUUUAGGGUUAUUGAUCCUCCAAAAAGACCACAUUCUGGUCUUUGGUUUCUUCUUCAAGCUUCACAAUUUCAGGAAAAGGAACCGUUCUUACCUCAAGUAGACAAAAGCUACUUGAGAAUCAAGGAUGGGAGAAUCACAGUUAGAUUGCUAAUUAAGUACCUUAUGAAGAAGCUUCAGUUGGAUAGCGACUCUGAGAUAGAAAUAAGAUGCAGAGGGCAACAAUUAUCGCCGUUGUUGACAAUGCAGCAUGUAAGAGAUACCAUUUGGAGUCCAAAAUCAUCAUCUCCUUCUUUCACUUUGCUUCGGGAUUCAUCAGCUAGUGAUCAUGUCAUGAUUUUGCAUUAUGGUAGGACGGCUUAAUGAUUGAUUUAUUUAAUAGUUUUUGCUUUCCGUGUAACAUUUUCUUUUUAUCAUUGUGUAUUUAUCGAGUUCUAAAUGUCCAUCUCUUUUUGGUGUGGAUUUUCAAUAUAUUUUAUAGUUCUCUCUUAAAA